AUGCUUUUUCUGAUUCAUUUAAGGGAAGCCAUCAUAAAACUCAGCGGUUUUCAAUUAUAUAAAUGGAACAGUUUAAUCAAAGACAUAUUAUAUUCAUAUUAUCCAAAUCUUAUAGACUCUAUGAAAAUAAAUUCUCCUCCUAAUUUAAUUUAUGGAUGA